UGCAUAUAGAUGGAGAGGAGGAGGAGGAGAGAGGAACUUGGUGCAUCAUGGGAAGUCCCCCCGGAGUCUAGACCUAUAGCAUCAUAACUAAGGGUUGAUCCAAGGUGAGCUUGGCCGGCCCUAACUAUAAGCUUCAUUAAAAAGGAAAGUUUUGAGCCUACUCUUAAAUGUAGAGAGGAUCUGUCCUGUUCAGACAUAAACAUAAGAACAGGUAAUUUCAACUUUUAACUCAAUAUCUGUCUUGUUGUGAUACCAGUGUCUCACAGUUAAUAUGGUAAUAAUUUAUUGACAUUAAGAGGAAACACAGAGCUUAAAGAAUCUAUACAGACAACACCUAUAAAUAAAUAAUAUAUAAAUGUUCUUAAAUCCUUCAUUCUGUCACACAGGGAUGCUGAGGAGAUCUUAUGAGUAAGACAAUUUCAUAAUUAUUCACUUUACAUAUUUAUUAUUAAUUGCUUCUUCAGAAAACGAUUUAAUAAAUUUAUGUUCAACUAAAUGAAAUUUAAAAAUGGUAAAACGAGAAUACAGUUUUACAUAUGGCUCUUUUCUUUUCUCAGCUGGCCCCACUUGGGCUCCGUAGAUGAGAGAAGUUUACUUUAUCAGACAGUUUAGCUCAUUUUUUCAGAUCUUGAAGGCACCAAUCACAAUCUGCCGAGUUACGUCAAAAAUACAAUCUGAUCUCUUUCUCGGUUUCUCAGCACAUUACGUGAAGACGCUUCACUAACAUCAGCAUCAACAUAACUGAGCUGACACUUGUCUCAGCGUCCGCCCUCAUCCUCUCGAUAAACUCAUGCCCCUGAGUGCGGUCUUAAAGCGUGCAAGUAUGCAAAUCAAAAAGCGAAAGAAACGGAUGUUACCAUCAUUCCGGCGCUCAGAGACGUGAAGCGCUGCUUUAUAUUACAUUUUAGAAACAAAUCAGUGUAUGUUUAUGUUUCAUAUGUAGACCUAUAUUUAUUCUAGUGAUAACUUUUUAUUUUAACAUUGAUACCAUCAGAGAUCAGUAUAGUUGACUUGAAACUUGCAGCGAUGAUGACACAAGCUGCAGUCAUGACAAUGUUUUUUAUUUUAGGAGUCUUUCCAAAAGGUCUAACAGUUGUGAUACAAACACAGCAGACUGUGAUGGCAGCAGUAGGAGAAGAUGUCCAUCUCAGCUGUCAGCUCAUGCAGUCUAAAGAUGUUCUUCAGGUCACAUGGCAGAAACUUUCACCUGAUGGGAAGAACAAGAAUCUUGCAGGCUACAACAAAUACUUUGGAGAAACAGUGAAUCCUGGUUUUAAGGGGAAAGUGGAGUUUAAAGAUGCUGGACUGCAGAACUGCUCCAUAGUUAUCAGGAAGGUGAUGGAGCAGGAUGAAGGCUGCUAUCUCUGUUUGUUUAACACGUAUCCUGAUGGUUAUCUGACAGGCAGAACCUGCCUCCAACUCUAUGAGCUGCAUGAACCCAAUCUACAAAUCAGAGAAUCAAAGUCUCCUGAAGAGACAGUUGUGUCCUGCUCGGCCACAGGUCGUCCUGCUCCCACAGUAACUCUGAAUGUCCCACAACAAGACCUCUACUUCUCUCACAACAGCACAGUCAGUGUCACCAACACCAACGGUACAGUCACCGUCACCACUACAGCUGUGCUGUCUGGUUUCCAUGGAAACGGUGCACAGGUUGGAUGUACAGCACGACUGCUCUCAGUCCCUGAAAUUCAGGUGUUUAAGAAGAUUCCUGCAGUGAAACCAUUACCAACUGAUGGUUCCACUGUGAUCGUUGUGUUUGUUGUGUUGGCCUGUGGUUGUGUUGCUGCAGUCAUCGCUGUCCUGCUUACACGAAAAUAUAACAGCAGGUAAGUCUUUCAGUCAAUAUCUAUUGUAAUACUUGUGUCUGAGUUAAUAUUGAAAUGAAUGUUUGUUCAGCUUUAACUUUUCUUAAAUCCUCCAAUUUGUCACAAUGGGACUCAGAG